AUGAUCAUCACCCCCAUCGCUCCCAUCCCCCCUGCGGGCCCCGUCGGCCCAAUCACACCUCCCCCGCAGUACCCCUCCUGCACCGACAUCCAGAACCGCUGCGUGUCGAUGCUGGCAGACCUCUUCAACUCACCUGCAUGCGGCACGCGCGCCACAGGCACCGCCAGCAUCGGCAGCAGCGAGGCCAUCAUGCUGGCGGGCCUGGCCCUGAAGAAGAGGUGGAUGGCCAAGCGCAAGGCCGCGGGGCUGCCCUAUGACAAGCCAAACCUCAUCAUGAGCUCCACAACACAGGUGUGCUGGCACAAGUUCACCCGCUAUUGGGACGUUGAGGAGAGGCUUGUCCCCGUGGAGGAGGGGCGCUACUGCAUCACCGCUGACCUGGCAAAGGAGCUGAUCGACGACGUGAGUAAGGGGGAGGGCUGGAAUUAG